AUGAAGAAAGUUAGGAAAUUCAAGAUUGAAAUUCAAAGUUUAGAUGGUCAUUCCAGCCAUAUCAUUUUGUUGAGAGAGACCCCUGUUAUCUGUGGUGGAAUUCCUCGCGUGCGACCAGGACCAUGGGUGCAGGAAUUAAGAAAAAAGAAGAUUGUUCUCACGGAUUGGGAGCAAAGCAAGAUUGAUAACCCGGAUGUGCAAAUUCUGAUCGGAAGUGACUUCUGGGGAAAGUUGGUAACAAGUAAGCCAAUUAAAGUGAGUUCGAGCUUGGUAGCAGUGAACACCGUGUUUGGGUGGACACUGAGUGGACAAGUGUCAUCAUCAUCAAGAGACGGCGAGAAUAAUGUCGCGAUGUCAUGCGUGAAGUUGUUUCUGGGUCAAGGCGACGUGAGCGAGCUCUGGAACCUGGAAACUAUUGGCAUCAAGGAUCCAGCCGAAUCCAAGACACAAAUUGAGAGAGACGCCGAAGCAGUUGUCCAAUUUACCAAGACAGUUUCAAGAAAAGAAGACGGGAGAUAUUCCAUCGCUCUGCCUUGGGUGGGUGGAGAGCCUGAGAUCCCGACGAACAAGAUUGUGGCGAUGAAGAGACUGUCGUCACAAAUACAGAAACUCAAUCCAGAGAAGUUUGCAGUUUAUGACAAGAUUUUUAAGGCAUGGAUUGAGGAGAAGUUUAUUGAAGUGGUGCCGGAUGCAGAUAAGAACAAGCCGAGCCACUACUUACCGCAUCGUCCCGUUUUCAAACCGGAAAGCGUCACGACCCCAGUGCGACCGGUAUUCGAUGCGUCAUGCAAAGUAGGAAGAGCCCCUUCACUCAAUGAAUGCUUGGAGAAGGGUCCAAAUCUCAUGGAGCUUAUCCCUUCCAUUCUCCUGCGUUUCCGAGAGAAUGAGAUAGGAGUGGUGUCGGACAUCCGCAAAGCUUUUCAGAUGAUCGAGAUCACACCACGAGACCGAGAUUUUCUGCGGUUCCUGUGGUGGGAGGACUUCACCUGCUCGAAAGUUAUCGAGUUCCGGCACAAGAGAGUCGUGUUCGGGAUCAAUUGCAGUCCCUUCAUUUUGGCUGCUGUUUUAGAGAAGCAUUUGAAGUCAGUAAAAGAAGAAUGGCAACAAACCGCUAAGAAGUUAUUGGAGUCACUUUAUGUAGACAAUUGCGUGACCUCCGUCAGAAAUAUUCAAGAAUAUGAAGAUUUUAAGAGAGAAUCCAUUGACAUCAUGGAAGAUGCGAAAAUGGAUCUUUGUCAGUGGGAGCGUUCAUUUGUUGAAAUGGAUCAAGAUUCCGACCAGCCGCCGGACACGAUGGUGCUGGGACUGAUUUGGAACAAGAAAGAAGACAGUUUAAGAUGUAAAGUUAAAGUGCCAGAGUUAUCUGAGAAGCUGACAAAAAGAGAAAUUUUGUCAAAAGUUCAACAAAUUUUCGACCCCAUUGGAUUCAGCAGUCCAACUACUUUGCAGCCAAAGGUCAUGUUGCAAGAAGUGUGGGCAAAUAAGUUGGGUUGGGACGAUGAGCUACCCGAUGACAUCGUCACCAACUACAAGAAGUGGUACGAGGAGCUCGCCUGUCUCACAGAGGUCAGGAUACCAAGAUGGAUAAGCUGUGGAGCAGACAUGGAGAAGAAGAAUAUCCAACUCCACGUCUUUUGUGAUGCCAGCCAGACUGCUUAUGCGGCUGUCAUAUUUUUAAGAGUGUCAAGUGAAGAUGAUGUCAAAAUCCAUCUACUUCAAGCUAAAUCGAGAGUUGCACCAUUAAAGAAGACAACAAUACCAAGACUGGAGCUAUUGGGGUGCACCAUCGCUGCCAGAUUAAAGAACUCUGUCGCCACGUCCCUGAAUAUGAGAAAUGUUCCCACGACCUUUUGGUCGGACUCCACCACCGCAUUGUCCUGGAUCCAGAGGAACAAUGAAUGGGGCACAUUUGUGGGAAACAGAGUCAGAGAGAUUUUGAAGAUGAGUGAUGCCAAGCAGUGGAAACACGUCCCUGGCAAAUUGAACCCGGCGGAUCUACCAUCAAGAGGCUGUAACGCCAGAGAGUUAGUCCAAUCAAGAUGGUGGGAGGGACCCGACUGGUUAAGAGAAGAUCAAAAUAGUUGGCCAAGUCAAGAUUUUGAAAUUAGCGAAGAAGAAAUAACUGCCGAGAAGAAGAAGUCAUCUGCUGUAAAGAUGACAGUGGUCACUCCGCAUCAAGUGCCUUGGUAUGCGGAGAGAUUCUCAUCUUUUUACAAGAAUGUAUGUGUCGUCGGAUGGAUGAAACGCUUUCACCACAACGCCACCCGAUCAAGAUGUGAAAGAAUCCACAGCCGAAAUCUUACCGUGAAAGAAGUGGAAGCGGCUGAAGCGACUAUUAUGAAGUUAAUUCAACAAGAUUCAUUCCCCAAAGGUACCAACAUCAUUGGAGGAAUUGAAGUUAUUAUCAGAGAAGAUGGAUUAAUAUGCGCCAAGACAAAGCUAUUGCAAAGUGAUGAAAGUGAAAGCUUCCGGAAGCCAGUCUUGCUCCCAAAGUUUCACCCAAUUGUAGAGCAGUUAAUCCGUGAAGAACAUUGCAUGAAUGGACACGCUGGUGCUCAAUUCCUGAUGGGACACCUGCGCAAGAAAUAUUGGAUUUUACAAGGUCGACAAGCCAUCAAGAAAGUAAUCCAUUCCUGCACAAUAUGCAAGAGAUUUUCCAUGAAGAAGCCGGAAGUGCCUGCUGGACUUCUACCUUCUGUUCGAGUCAAGAUGGGAAAAGUUUUCGAAGUGACGGGGGUGGAUCUUGCUGGUCCACUGUUCCUCAAAAAUAAGACCAAGGUGUGGAUCUGGCUAUUCACAUGUGCAGUCUACCGAUGCGUGCAUUUGGAGUUGGUCGGCUCAAUCUCCACUGAAUCUUUUUUGCUGGCUCUUGAGCGAUUUAUUGCACGAAGAGGACGCCCCACCACCAUCUACAGUGAUAAUGGGACCAACUUCACUGGAGCGUCCCACUAUUUUAAAGAGUUGAAUUGGAAGAAGAUCGAGAAGGAGACCGCCAUGAAGAGGAUUAAUUGGAUCUUUAAUCCGCCUUCCGCACCGUGGUGGGGAGGCUGGUGGGAACGCCUUAUCAAGAUAGUCAAGGAUUUAUUAAGAAGAAUGUUGGGUAACAGCCGAGUGGACUACCAACAACUUGAAAGUUGCAUUUGCUCAGUGGAAUCGGUCGUGAACGCAAGACCACUGACAUUUGUGACUGAGGACCCCGAAGAUCUCAUCCCGUUGACCCCAGCUAUGUUUUUACAAGAUAAUCAAGAGACCAACUUCCCCGAGGCAGAAUUACUUGAAGGGGACAUGCUGCGGAUGAAGAGCAAAGGAAUGCUGGAGUUACGUAAUCAAUUGCGAUCCAGAUUUAGAAGAGAAUAUCUGAGCCAACUUGUGCAGAAAGCGAAGACAAUGAAGAAGCCGUUCGAGUUCAAACCAAACGAUCUGGUGCUCGUCGGAUACGAUAAUAAGAAGAGAUUAGGAUGGCCAAUGGGUCGAAUCCUGAAUUUAUUUCCUGGGAAAGAUGGAAAGUUUCGAGUGGCGAAAAUUCGUACUAAGAAUGGAGUCAUUACCCGUCCCUUGCAACGCCUGUAUCCCCUUGAGAUCACUGGAAACAGCGUGGAAUGCCCAGUCCCCCCAAAUUUGGAGAAAGCCGAAGAGAAAGCCACAGAGUGGGAGAAAGAAGAACCUGUCAAGAGGACACGUCAUGGACGACAAACCAAGAAACCAGAUCGUCUCGGCGUGAAUUAA